CAGGAGACUGAAAUAGGAGCGUUAUCAACGUGCUUAUAGAAAUCAUGGGUCACCAUUCAGGUGUAGCACUAAGCUGCAAACCAUUGCAAGCUAUUAAGGAUAAUUAAGAUAAUCAUUAAGAUUUUACUGCAUGCUUGAGGCUGUUUGGAGAGCGAGGGGAGCCCGGAGUGGGUGGCCUUGUGUGCUGUCUGCCCAGAGGGACCAGGGAAACAAAAACAGCCGUGAAAGCGAUGGUUCGACAUCAAGUACUGAAUUAAUAUUGCUGUAUAAGCAGGGAUCAGGAUCGUAGAGCUGCAGGGCCACUUGUUUUUGUUUGCUUUUUGUUCUGUUUGCUCGGUCUUGAUGCCUAACCCUGUUUCCGCUGUAGAGCAAAACUGUCCCUGUAAGACAGUUGGAUGCUGAUGAAUGGUCAUCACUGCUUGGGAGAACAGGCUGGAAACAAAACCAAGGUUGCCCUCGAAGUAUGUUAGUAGCGUAGAAUGGAGCUGAAUGUAACACUAGUAUGGCGUGUUUCCAUAGAAUGAAUACCAGAAGGCAGUAACAUCUUCAGAAUCCCAUGUUUGGGAUUAAAAACCAGAUAAAUUCAAAAACUGAUGAUAUAAUAGAUUGUAGGACAGCUUUCUGUUUUUUAUUUUCCGUAGGUACAGGCAAGUGGCUCUGUUGUUCUGUUAAUGCGGCCAGCUGGUCUGUCAAGUUUGGGGUCUGAAGGGGGGUAACAAAGUCCGUCUCCAUGUGUCACAGAGUGCACUUUCCUGACAAUAGAUUUCAGAAGUUUAGCAAGAAUAGAAAAAAAUAUUCCCGGAUUGCAACUUUGGUAGUAAAAAUUUUCUAAUUGUUAUAGUUGGUGUUUAUAGGCCUGAAAGAUUUCUUGUGAUCUCUUUGUUCACUUCAAAAUAAUAUUGAUAUAAAAAUCAUCAGUAGCUUCUUCUCUCUGCAGUGCCCGUAAGGAGCUGGCUGAUGUAGUCCUUGCAGUUUGCUGUAUCAUCCAUGAGGCAUAGCUAGCCACAUUUUUAUUUGGGUGCACCCAUCUCUGAACUGUCUGUUAACUUUUAGUCUCUUCAUACAACUGUCCUGUGACAGUAUUCUCUUGAUGUCGGAAAAGGUAAUGAUAACUUUCAGUAAACCCAGUGACCAAGAGACACAGAGAUCAGUCUUUCCCAAUGAAUUCUGUAUUUCUUGGUCACAGUAGCACUUCCUCAGAAAUUGAAAUGCUUUUCCUGUUUCUGCCAUAGUAACUUCAAAUGGAAUGUAAAGUAUUCCAAAAAAAUAUUCCACUUGUGUGUGUGCUGGGUAGGGCAUUCUGAUUUUACAGCAUUUUUGACAAAUGGAAGAAGCAAGACAGGUAAAAGGAAGUAGAGAAUCGUUACAUGCAUGAAUAAAUGGACUGUUUGGGAAUUGCUUAUUUUGAGAUAGAACCAAAACCCACAGGCUCUAAAACUGUAACUGCUCCAGAGUUUCCUGUAUAACGUUACAGUGACAUAGGUACCAGAUAGUUUAGCUCACAGCAAAAAAAAUUACCUGUCCACAAAGCAAGUGAUAGUUUCUGCUGUCUUUACAAAAGGAAUCUGGUGUUUCACUGAGCAUGCCUUCAUAUCCAUGAUUCAGAGACAACAAAAGCUGUCAAUCUGUGAACAUACAAGUAGAAAAUGAAAAUACUUCUCUUUUUAGGAGGAUACAUUUUGGAAUAUCUGGUUGUAUAGUAAAACUUGUACAAUGUGUUACCCUAGUGUUUUUAGUAGGCCAUGCAGAAACAUGCCUUAUAGUAAAAAAAAAAAAGUCUGAUAUAUUUAGCAAACUGUAUGAGAUGAUAUGUCUUUGAGCUAAAACCAGCUGCUUCCUAUACAUAAACGGCAAGAUCCUACAGGACAAUUCACCAGGAGGUAGAGCUGCAUCGUUUAUUUCAUACACUCAGGAAAUAACUCUAUCAGUAGCUCCUGUUGUGAAAUGUUUUUGAUGUCUGACAGUUGGUUUCUAGUACUGUAUCACAUGAGCAAGUUAGAUGUAAUCUCUAACGUUGUCAAUGAGAAAAAGGAAUCAAUUAUGCAAUAGUGGCUGCUGGCUUGAAAAGAAGUAUUAUUGUAGUAUUCUUUCUGUCAUAGACUUCAUAUGCUAGAAACCAUCUACAAUUGCUUAGGGGGUUUCAGAAAGGAAAUAGCUAUACUCAGUUCCCACGAGCUUUAUGUUAUCACGCCAACUGAAUAAAUAUUUCCUAGGUCAAGUAAGUGUAAUGAACAAACAUGAUAAACCAUGAUUUAGUAAUUAAAAGGAACAAAACAGUGCAUUUGCAUUUACAGCUAGGGUGAGUGGCCAGAUAAUCAAAAUAAUACCAGUCUACCUUUCUCACUUACAGCGAUGGAGUGAUUUCUUGCUCUCUGUGGCAUAUAUAUAAGUGGUGUUUUUGAGAAUUUGGAAUUUGAUUUUUCUGAAGUCUGUGCAUUGAAAAUUCUCAACUGUUGAACUGUCGUAGGAGUUUUGGCUGUUCACAUGGGCAGCACCUCCCUGCUGGAAACACUGGCUAUGUUGUAAGAUGACAGUCAUGUCCCAUUCAAAGGAUCUCAAGGACGACUUCCAUAGUGACACUGUACUUUCCAUUUUAAAUGAACAGCGCAUUAGGGGUAUUUUAUGUGAUGUCACCAUAAUUGUGGAAGACACCAAAUUUAAAGCCCACAGUAAUGUGCUAGCAGCUUCAAGUCUUUACUUUAAAAACAUAUUUUGGAGUCGUACUAUCUGUAUUUCAGGUCAUGUACUGGAAUUAGAUGAUCUCAAAGCUGAAGUCUUUACAGAAAUACUGAACUACAUCUACAGUUCCACAGUGGUUGUUAAGAGACAAGAGACUGUAACAGACCUUGCAGCUGCAGGGAAAAAACUGGGAAUAUCGUUUCUUGAAGAUCUUACAGAUGUUAACUUUUCAAGCUCCCCCUGCCCUUAUGCAUACUGUGUAAGCGAGAAAGGGUCUGUCAAAGAGGAAAAACAUGAAAAGAGACAUGAAGACUCCGCUGUGACAAAUGGACCACGAAUUACAAAUGCAUUCUCAAUUUUUGAAACUGAAAAUAGUUUGUUUUCUCCACUCGAUUUGAGGGCAAACUUUAAAAAGGUAUCUGAGACAAUACAAACCCCCAACGUCAGCCUUGACAGAAGCAACACUUGCAAAGAUGCAGAGCCAGCCAGUACGCUGGCAGAGCACUCCUACGCAGUUUCUUCAGGCGGAGAUACUUUUCAAGGAACGCCUCACUUUGAACAGGAAAGCAGCUCUUCGUACAAUGCAGCUGAAGACCACUAUGAAAAUGUCCGAGCUACGCCACUCAUUCAGCCAGUAAAACAAGCAUGUAGUACUACUCCAAAAGCGGCCUUCAAGCCCCAGGGUACCAGUUUGGCUGUAGCAAAAGCACCAGCUUCUACGGUAGCCAAUGCAGAAGCCCAGCCUGAAACGGUUAAUGAUCAGAGAAUUAUUUCCAUUCCAAAACCUCAGAAUAAAGCAGGAGAUCUCCAUUUGUCCAGAGAAGAAGAAAACGCAUCUGCUAAUAUCUCUGGGUCUGUGACAACUGUUGUUCCACCUGCUUACAGCUGUAACUGCUGUGCAAAAUCGUUCAGUGACAGGGCGUUACUCAGUACUCAUCUUCAACUCCAUUCGGAGCAUCAGGAAACUUUCAUAUGCAAAUACUGCAGCAAACAAUUUGCAAAUCUAAAUAUACUGGAAAGUCAUGAACAAGUCUGCAUGAGAUCAAGUAGCUUAUCUGUUCACAGUGGGAAUGAACAAAAUUUUUCAGAUAAUUAUACUGCUACGGAUGGAAGGAAUGAGAGUUCAUAUGCAAACACAGAGCCUCUAUUGUCUGAAAACAGCAUAACUGAUUACUCUAAUGCAAACUGUGCUUUACCAGAAACGGAUCACUUGGUUAAAGUUGUUGAUGGGCAGAUAUUAUAUACUUGCAUAGUUUGCAAACGUAGUUAUGUAACGUUGUCGAGCCUUCGAAGACAUGCAAAUGUGCAUUCGUGGAGAAGAACAUACCCGUGCCACUACUGCAACAAAGUAUUUGCAUUAGCUGAGUAUCGCACAAGACAUGAGAUCUGGCACACUGGAGAAAGGCGGUAUCAGUGCAUUUUCUGCCUAGAGACUUUCAUGACUUAUUAUAUACUAAAAAAUCAUCAGAAGUCUUUCCAUGCAAUUGACCAUCGUCUCUCAGUAAGUAAGAAGACAGCCAAUGGAGGCUUAAAACCAAGCGUGUACCCAUACAAACUUUACCGACUUCUGCCCAUGAAGUGCAGGCGACUACCUUAUAAGUCCUACCGAAAUUCUACGUAUGAAAACGUUCAAACAAGUAGCCAAGUUAAUGAAACUGCUUCUAGUAACUGCUUCCUUCAGAGUUCUCUUAGUUCUGAGCUACCGCCGCUGAAUUUUCAAAGUAAUAUAUUAUCAAACAACAGAACUCUUGUCUUGGACACUUCUUCAUGUAAUGAUACGGCAUCUUCCACAAAUCCUCAGAACUCUUCCUCUUGGGGAGUAGGUAUCUUAAAUUCUGAUCUGCAAAGAGACUUCUUCACAGCUGACAAAAGAGUUCCCACUGCUACAAAAGACUCUGGUUCUCAUGAGUAUGAUUCCUCAGUUGUGUCUUUAACUAAUGUGAACGAAAAUUCAACCUCUGUGAUCAGUUACAGCAGUUCUGCACCCUCUGUUAUAAUGCACAGCAGCAGAGUUUCAUCAGUAAUAAUGCACAGUAAAACAAUCACUUCUGUAGAAAACAGUAAAACAGAUUCUUCUAAUGCUGUACCUAGUCAGCCUGUAAGUGAUGAUUGUAAGUAUGGGUCGGAUAAUUAUGGAAAAUGUAUUACAAAAUCAAAACCUAUUAAGGAGAAAAAGAAAGCACUGCUGUGCAACAGAGCAGAAGCAGCUGAGGAUACGCAGCACGUCCAAGGAUCUGGAGGUUCAUCUAGCAAAACCACUAAUACUGCUGAAGAGUCGAGUAAAACUGAGACUUAUAUUGCAAAGCCUGCCUUACCUGGAACAUCUACUGACAGUAACGUUGCUCCUCUUUGUCAGAUAACAGUAAAAAUCGGUAAUGAGGCUAUUGUAAAAAGGCAUAUAUUAGGAUCUAAGCUAUUUUGUAAAAGGGGACGAAAAUCUAAACACGAGUCCAAGCAGGACAAUUUAAAUGAGGAAUCAGAAACAGAGGUAAAAGAGAAAAGCCCAUCUAGGCUCUAUAGCUCAGAAUGCCUGGAGCUGACAGAAAUGUGUGAUGAUGUAAGUGAUCAGGAUUCCAGUGAUAAACCCUGGAGACCAUAUUACAAUUACAAACCGAAAAAGAAAUCUAAGCAGCUAAGAAAAAUGAAGAAGACCAAAUGGAGGAAAAAGCACGGAAACAAGAACACCAUUAUGGAAAGUCACAGUCCGUGCAGUCGGGAGUAUGCACUCAGGAGUGCUCCUGAAGACAAGGCAAUUAGUCAAGAAGAGAACACAGAAAUGCCCAGUCUUCAUUGUGAGCUCUGUGAAGAUCAGAACUCCACUGCAGAAACUCAAGAACAUGUACAUUGGCAUGUAUCUACUCCAAAGCCUUACAUUUGUGAAUUAUGCCAAAAACAAUUUCAAAGUCCAUCCACCUUAAAAAUGCACAUGAGGUGUCACACAGGGGAAAAGCCCUUCACCUGCAAAACCUGCGGUAAAUGUUUUUCAGUUCCUGGAAAUUUACAGAAACAUGAACGUAUUCACCUGGGUGUCAAAGACUUUGUGUGCCAGUACUGUAAUAAGGCAUUCACUUUAAACGAAACACUCAAAAUACAUGAAAGAAUUCAUACUGGAGAAAAACGCUACCACUGUCAGUUCUGCUUACAGAGUUUCCUGUAUCUUUCCACCAAAAGGAACCAUGAGCAAAGGCACAUACGUGAGCAUAAUGGAAAAGGAUAUGCGUGCUUUCAGUGCCCCAAAAUUUGCAAGACGGCAGCUGCUCUGGGAAUGCACCAGAAGAAACAUCUAUUCAAAAGUACGGGUCCACCAGAUAGAAAAGAACAGUUCUGCAACGAAAGUGCUCAGCUGUUGGAAAAUCAACAUUUCCUUGGCUCAGAAGGAAGCGAAGGGAAAACCAUACAAAAUGUAACUCCAGAAGUUACACUCUGAGUGACAGUUGUGCAAAAGAGAAGAAAAAUACAAAACUAUAUAUUGGAGAAGAUGUAGGUUCAUUGAAUGGGGAAAAUUCUCCGCAGAGAUAAUUUACGAAGAUUAAAUGUCUUCAUUUAAACACAUGUCAAUAUAUGCAAAGGAAAGAAAAAUAACGCUGGAAAGAAAAACUAGUAUUUGCAAUAAUACAAACUUAGUUUGAAAGACCCCAAAUAGUUUUGCCAGAAUAGACUUCUAGCAUACAUGUAGAGAGGAAGAAGAAGAAGAAAAAAAAAAGACCAACUAAACUGCUUCUACUUAAAGCUAGAAGAAACUAGCCACUGAACUGUUCUACAGUGCUGUUUUUCAGUCAGAAUCAUUCUGGACAAAAUAAAUAUAUAGGUUCAAAUUAUAUAUUAUAGAAGGAAUUUUUGCUGCAGAAAUCAUGUCGCUUUUUUUUUUUUUUAAAACAAAUGUUAAUGUGUUUAUAAACAAAUCGUGAUUUAGUGUAUUCUACAGUGAAGAUGGGCAAUGUUUCAUCAGUUUGGGUAUGCUGAAGUACAGUUGAGUUUUGGAGUGCUUUUCUGUAACUCAACAUUUACAAAACAUACACAGAAGUAUAAACCUUUUUUCCUUUCUGUUUUUAGUUUUGUAGUUACCAUAAUAUGCAUUAAGUCUCUGAAUGCUUGUGCAGAAAGUAUGCCAGAUUAGAGGCAUCUCUGAAACAUUUAAUAAAGAUUCAGUGCAAAUCCUAGUAGCCAGUCUUCCAAACGGCAGAAGUUCCAAAUGAUUGAACUGUAAAGUUAUUCAGGUCAUCUGUUGAAAGAAAGUUGUUCUCAUGAAGUAGUAUAGUUUGAAGAACUCUAUAAAGCAUCCACCUCCUUGUGAGUCUGAAACUCCUGUCUUUUAGAAAUACCAUUCUUCUCAGCAGAAGAAGAGGAGAUAAGAGUCUUUUUCCACAUCCUGGUGUAAUGCCUGGACAACAAAUGACAGUGCAGUCACAGAAAAUGCUUUGAUUUUUGGGAGGAAGAGGUAAAUCACAUUCUUGCUUCCAGGUAUAUCCCUGGGGCAGUUUCCAUAUAUAACAGGGAUAGGGCCAAUCUGUGGGGUUCCUUGUCAUCCCUGUGCCUUAAAUGCAAUAUCAGUACUUUGUGUGUCUCAGCAUCUCACCCCAGGCAAGCUUCAUCUCAGUGUCCCUUGUCCAAGCACAGUAGGCCCAGAGCAGAGAAGUGCCAGCAUCAGGUUACUGGGAGAAGCCACGUUGGCCUUUCUGCUUCCCUUCUUCUGUCACACCAGAAUGUCACAGUGGGCCUUCUGGCUGCACAGUUUGCAUUCACCAGGAAUCAGGAGGGUAAGCUUCUGAAAGAAGACAUCACUGAAAUUAACAGUACAGUUAAUCACAUUUUCACAAAAUAGUGUUAAUUUUAACCAAAAUGAAGAGGUUUAAAAAGUUGAAGAGGUUAAAUGUCUACCAGUUGCAUAUUAUAUCACAGGGCUCUGUUGUACUCUGUCUGCACUUCCAAUUUGUUAUGUACAUUCAUUGUUACAAAGUGUUAAAAAUGUUUUAAGUCUGGACAACAGUCAGUGAACCUCAAUUCUAUGUGCAAAUAUGGUACACAAUUUGUUUACUUGGUUUUCCAAAAUAUUCUAAAGGAAAUUAUAGCUUGGGUAUGAUAAAAUUACAAUUGAAAUUAUAGUACAGUAUAGAUUGAAGUAAUAAUGUAGUCCACUUAUUUAUCCUGUCAUCGAUGAACGCUGUGAACCCUUUGAGAAAUGUUUGGUUUCAUAGCAGUUUUGGUUCCAUUUUCAAUUAGGAUAAUAGUAGGAUAAACACAGGAAAGUAUGAUGAUGUUUCAAAGAAAGUACACGAAGAUAUUUUCUAAGUGGACUUGUAUGAUGAUAAUUAUAGACCAAAGCAAAUAAGGUAGAAUAUUUAUACAUAUAAAGAUAAUUUUACAGAUAUUUUAUAUAACUGUAUAGUUCAUAAGAAAAAUAUUGAUAGCUUGUGUUAGGUUUGGGGGGGGUUUGUAUAUUUUGAUAAAAACACAAUGACUUUGUAACUCUGUAUAUUAUCUACAGUUUAUAGCAAAGGAGUUUUAAGAUGGCAAUGUCAUGUUUAUAGUUCAAUUGUGGCACUUUUACUACAAGUAACACAUUGAAGUAAUGAGUUAAGUAUUAAUGACCAAAUUAGAAUUAAAAUAAGUGUAAGAGAAAGUAAAUACUGUACGUUGUCAAAGACUGUAAUUUGCUGCAUCUGUAUUUUUGUUUAGAAGAAAAUAUUAAAUGCAGAUGUUAAGGAUUGAUAAAGAGUCUAAUUUUAUUUUUAGAGAGAGUUAUUAUAACUGUUUUUGCUUGAUUAAAAUAACCUCUUCCUA